AUGACCGAAAUAAAAGCAUACAUUAUAACCAUUGGCGAUGAAAUCCUAAUAGGACAAGUAUCGGAUACCAAUGCACCGUAUCUAUCCAAAUCGCUUACUAAGCUGGGUAUUAGCGUAGUGGGAAAGGCUUCCAUUCCCGAUGAACCCAACGCAUUGAUAAAACAACUGGAUUUUGCCAAACAAUCGGCCGAUUUGGUUUUGAUUACGGGUGGAUUGGGCCCUACCAAAGACGAUAAAACCAAACAGACCAUUGCCCAGUAUUUUGAUGAUGAGUUGGUGUUGGAUCAGGCUUCAUUGGAUAAAACCACCGCUUUAAUUACCGCAUUGGGUUCUAAAAUGAAUUCAUUGAAUGUUCGACAGGCGUAUCGACCAUCCAAGGCCACCCUUUUGUAUAAUACAAUAGGCACAGCCGAUGGAUGGAGUUUGUCAACGGCCGAAAGUUGCACUGGAGGGUAUAUAGCCUCACAAAUAACCGCUUUGUCGGGGAGUUCGGCCUAUUUUAAAGGUUCGGUGGUGGCUUAUGACGCAUCGGUAAAGUCCUCUAUUUUAGGGUUGACAUCGGAGGAUAUGUCGGAAGGCUUGGUUAGCGAAUCGGUGGCCCUUAAAAUGGCGAUGGGGGUGCAGCGCCAGUUAAAAAGCGAUGUAACCAUUGCCACCACAGGAGCCGCAGGGCCAUUGCCUUCACCAGUGGAUAAAGUUCCUGUAGGAACCGUAUGCGUGGCCAUUGUGGCUGCCGAUUAUCAAUGGACGAAAACAUUAUUUUUCCCGCAUUUUGAUAGAGAAGACAUC